AUGUUCCAGGGCUCUCAGUGCUUUCCAACGCUCAUCAUUUACAUUGCCUGUUGUCCACCAUUGGAUGUGGUUCCAGAAGAAGACUUACUGCUUCAAUGCCCUCAGGAAUACUUGGAGCAUCGGGAUGAGGACUGCUGUGGCUCAGCCAAAGAUAGGGCAGACUUCAUUUUCCGCGUCAUCAGUGCGGUGGCGGAAUCGAAGAUGUCAGCUGAGCCAGCAGAGCGAUCCUACGUGGUGGCCUCCUUGGAGAGGAUCCUAAUGGACUAUGACCAUCACUAUGAGCGAGCUUGGCGAAUGCUGGCAUUGACGACCGCAGCAGAUGCUUGUGUGCAGGCUGACUACUUAAAAGAUGCCUUCACAUCGGCGAUCGAUACGAUGCAGCCCCUCGCUCAGAUUGUCGCUGAACUCUUGCCUCGUGCCAUGACGAUUAGCCGUCGCCUUGCCAAAGCAGCAUUGCGACUGGAGGCCUUUGCUUCCUUUCUCCAUGGGAGUUUGGCAGUCAAUUCAGGAAGAUCGUUUCCAGAAGUGCAACACGAGGAGGUGCAAAGCAACCUUUUCGGAGAAGUCUUGAUGACAUAUUACAAGCUUGUAGUGACGGAGCAUGAUGAACUGGCAUACAACAUGAUUCCCAGAUUGCAGGAGUCCACAGUUGAGAAGACUGUGCCUAUCAAUACGACUGCAGAGGUUAACUUGCUUUUCCUCAAUCUUGGCCAAUCGGCUAAGUUGGGCUUUACGACACUGUGGAGUAUUCUGAGGCGCAGGUCUCAGCCUCUUCGCAUCUUUGUCCUGGGUGAUGCUGAGGGCCUUGAGGAUUGGCGAGCAAACCUUCGGUCUUUGGACAAAGCUGGCAAGCUGAAGGAAGUCAACUUGGUGACCUUUGAAUAUCUGGAUUUUACCCAACACCCAAAGUUCAAGAUGUUCAUGAGUGAAUAUCCUUCUGAUUGUGAUGUCAAUGAAAUAGGUGAAGCUUUACUGGCGCGAUUCAUUUGCCAUGAGCUCUUGCCAGAUGUGGACCGUGUCAUUGCCAUGGAUUUGGCUGAUAUCCUCGUUUUGGAUGACAUCAAGGACCUGUGGGAGCAGUUUGACACCUUUGAAGAGCACCAUGUCUUUGCAGCGGCACACAUUACUGCCUUGCACCAUGUGAAUGGAGGAUUGGCUCUCUACGAUUUGUCCAGGACCUGGAUGCUGUGUGAAAGUCACUUCAUUUGCAAUGUCACUUGCGAGGGCAGCCAGUUUGGUGAGUUUGGCAAGUGCGUUUGGCGAGUGCCAUGCUGA